AUGCUAGUAAAGUGCGAGACGAAGAGCCAGAGAGUGAAGAGCAUCUCCUUCCACCCGAAGAUCAACCUCAUCCUUGCGGGACUGCACAAUGGAAUCAUUCAGCUAUGGGACUACCGCAUCGGGAUUCUUAUUGACAAGUUUGAGGAGCAUGAGGGGCCAGUGAGGGGCAUAGAUUUCCACACCGUGCAGCCCCUCUUUGUCAGUGGAGCAGAUGAUUAUCUAAUAAAGGUGUGGAACAUACAUUUAAAAAAAUGUGUAUUCAAUUUGGUAGGUCAUCUGGACUACAUCAGGAAGGUGCAGUUCCAUUUGACCUACCCAUGGAUUCUAUCAGCAUCUGAUGACCAGACCAUUAGAAUAUGGAACUGGCAAAGCAGAGUCUGUAUAGCCAUUUUAACAGGACAUAACCAUUAUGUAAUGUGUGCAGAAUUCCAUCCGACACAGGAUCUCAUCAUUUCCAGCAGUUUGGAUAAGACUCUACGCGUGUGGGAUAUAAAAUUACUGAGAGAAAAAAAUGUCAUAUUGACGAAUGAAAAUGUGAUGAACGAUUUGCCCUAUGGAUUAUCGAAGGGCAUUUACAACCAAGAUGUGGUAGGCACAGUUGGAGAUAACCAGAUGGGUAUGCAUUCCUUUGUAACGAAUAAUCAGCAACUCCAGCAUCUUCAACAACAACAGAAUAACAAUAACAUGUUUGGUGCUUCAGAUGCAAUUUGCAAAUUCGUUUUGGAGGGUCAUGAGAAGGGAGUUAACUGUUGUGCCUUUCAUCAUAGUCUACCCAUCAUUGCAUCGGGAUCAGAUGACAAGCUAGUGAAAUUGUGGAGGUAUAAUGAUAACAAAUGUUGGGAGCUAGACACCUUAAGGGGUCAUUUCAACAACGUAUCAAGUUUAGUUUUCCACCAAAGCAAUGAUGAUCUAUUAUUAAGCAACAGUGAAGAUAGAACCAUUCGUAUAUGGGACAUCAGCAAGCGAGCGUGCAUUCAUACCUUUAGGAGAGAGAAUGACCGGUUUUGGAUUUUGUCCUUCAAACCCAACUCCAAUUUAAUAGCUUCGGGUCAUGAUUCUGGGAUGGUUAUUUUUAAAUUCGAAAAGGAAAAAUGCCCCUUCGACAAAUAUGGAACUCUCCUGUUAUAUGUAAAGGAGAAACGUAUUUAUGCUUAUGAUGUUAGGAACAAUAAACAUACCUGCUUGUGUCCCGUCAGGAAGAAUGGCAAUGCGAUGGUGUCGGGGUAUUACAAGUUGCUAUACAACCAAUUCUGCACCACACAUGUGAUGCUUCUUUUUGUGUACAAGGAGGAGGAUCAUUACUCCUUCGAUCUCAUCAUUUGCGAUACAGUUGGCGAGAGUAGCGGCGCCGGUCGCGCGGUCAGCGCAUCUCCCCCAGCCUCUCCCUCGACGCCCUCGGCACUACACUUCUUCAAGUCGUGGGCUAGGGGCGCUAGUGGAAAUAAUGCAAAUGUAUCACCACAAAGAAACAUUCAAGCGGUGCGGAACCCAGAAGAGUUCAACCCAGACAGUGUGAAGUACUUGAUAAAAAACAAACACUGCUCUUCCGUUGCAUUUUAUACAAGAAAUAAGUACCUCCUUGUGGAGAAGAGAAGUGGCAAUUACCUCCUUAGCAUUCAAAACAUACCAGAAGAUAACACCUCCAAACGGGUGGAAGUACCCUUUAAGGUGGAAGCAGUGUACCCCCUGAAUAAUAACAAGGUAAUCAUCCUUUCGGAGAGCAAAAUAUAUCUAUAUGAUAUAAGCCUAAAAAAGAUUUUAAAUGAAAUGAACCACACGGACAGCAUCAUUUCGGUGGAGAUACUUAAGGACCACAACAUUGCGUUUGUGUUUAAGUACAACGUUGUUCUGACCACCAUCGAUUUGGUUCAUCUAUGUACAGUGCAUGAAUAUAUACGAGUGAAAAGUGGAGUCUGGGAUGAAGAAAACAAAAAUGUCUUCAUCUAUAAUACAUUGAGUCACUUAAAAUACAUAUUGAUAAAUGGAGAGAAGGGGCUCAUCAAAUGUCUGGAAGAACCUGUGUACCUUUUCAAAAUAUACAACAACAGAUUAUUCUACAUUACAAGGAAACAGGACGUGAUCAGUGAACCAUUGAACGAUACGGAAUAUCUAUUUAAGUUAUCCCUUGCGAACAAUGAUGAACACAGUGCCUAUCAUUAUUUAGACAUACAGCAUAAAGGCAACACCUUCGCUAAUGGUCCCCAUAAUGAGGGCAAGAAAAAACUUUACUUUAGUUACAACCUUAUAGGAUAUAUUAAAAAAAAGGGCUUUGCAAAUUUGGCAGUACAAAUGGUAAACAACAAUCACACACUUUUUAAUCUCUCCAUUCAGUUGGGACAUCUAAAUAAUGCUCUGAAAGCAGCUAAAAAAAUCAACAAAAAACAUAUCUGGAACCUCCUAAGUGUUCAUGCAUUAUUACUGGGAAGUUAUGACAUUGCAGAAUAUGCCCUGUUGAGAAUGAAGGCCUACGACAAGCUCUCUUUUCUGUACCUUUUCAGUGGGAAUAUUGAAAAACUAAAAAAAAUGCAAACUAUUUCCAUCAUACGGGCAGACCUAAUCUCUAUGUUCCUGAAUUCAUUAUAUUUGGGAGACAUACAACAGAGGAUAAAUAUAUUUGUUCAGCAGAACCAGGUGAACUUAGCUUGGGCGUGCUCCCAACUUUACGACAUUCCCAUAAAUCUGUCAGAGAAGAAUUUAGACUUUGAUAUAAAUGAGUGCAGCUAUUGCCCCGAGAAGUCUUUCUAUUUGUGCCCCCCGAUACCCAUUGUGAGGAUUGACCCGAACGCAGCGCAAAAGAAAAACACAUCGACGGAGGAAUCAACAGAACAAAUGCGUGUGGGAAAAGAAGCACAGAACGGUCCCAGCCUAAAGGAUGCUCCACCCAAGUGGGGAAUCCCCUCCGCGUGGAAUGGAUCCUACAACUGGCCUGUCAUCAACCUCGAGAAGACGUUUCAGCCGAGAGACGACCCAAGUGCAUCCGCACCCCAGUGGUCAAAGAAAAAAGGUCCUGUCAAGUCAGACCAACGAAGCAACGCAUCGGAAGCAGACGACGUGUGGAAGGACGAGGUCAACGACGAGGAUAUCAUAAACAUCGACCUGGACCUGGAAGACCACAAAGACAUUCUGAGCAAGAGUGCAGCUACUCCUACGGGUAGUACCAAAAUCGAGCGCGUAGACAACCUUUACGAAAUUAUGGCAAAAAAGUAUGGAAGAAUCAUGGACCACAUAAGGACGGGAAAUAUAAAGAGCGCACUUGACUUAAUUUCAAAAAAAUAUGGUAUCGUUGAUAUGAAGCCCUUAAAAACAAUUAUAAAAAAUGUAUACAUUUCGACAUAUGCUUAUCUGACACCCAUGCCCAAUUUCGCUCCGAUGAAGAUUCCUAUAAACAGCAAUGAGGAUGCAACAAAUACGAACGUAUACAUCAAUGAACACUUUCUUUUCAACCAAAUUAAAAAGGCACACAAAUUAGUUACCUUGGGGAAGUUUUGCAGUGCUUUGGAUCUCUUCAGAAGCAGCCUGUACCACAUGAUAUUUAUAACCCCUGGAGAUAAAGACAGAGAAAUGAAUGAAUACUUACAUAUGUGUACUAGCUACAUUUUAGCCAUGAGAUUAGAAGAGGAAAGAAAUACCACUGCUACGGAGGAUCCAAGGAGGAGCUUAGAGUUGAUGGCUUACUUUACUUGUUGCCCUAUGCAGAACUCGCAUUUGUACCUAGUCCUAAGGAGAGGCAUGGGUCUUGCUUGGAAGGCGCAGAACUACGUGACGGCUGGAUCGUUCGCCAAACGGCUAAUAAACGGGAACUACGAGAGCAUCAAAGGCUCCGAGGAGGAAAUCGUUAAGGCGAAGAAAAUACUGCUCAUGUGCGAGCAGAAGAGCACGGAACAAUACAACAUUGACUACGACCCCAACGACUACCAUAACAUGAGAGUAUGUAGCGUCAGCUUAACGAGGAUCAAGCCAAAUGAAGAAACCGUGAGCUGCCCUUUUUGCCAAUCCGUGUCGAAGCGAGAAUAUACGUCCAAGAUGUGCCCGAACUGUUUGAUUGCCCACCUUGGCAAAAAGGCCCUCGGAUUUGACUUCCUAAACAAGAACGCAUGA